UCAUUUGAUUCCCCUGCAUCAGCUCCUAGUCCUAUCCCGUCGGCUAAGUCUCCUGAACCAGCUCCUAGUCCUAUGUCAUCGGCGGAAUCUCCUGGACCAGCUUCGCCACCUCCAGAGGGAGUUUUCGAUAUCACUCAGUAUGGAGCAAUUGCAGAUGGAAAGACAGAAAACAGCAAAGCAUUCUUAGCAACAUGGGAAGCCGCUUGUAGAAACGCUGGAAAUUCCACAUUCUACAUACCAGAAGGCACAUACAUUGUAGGCCCUAUAUCGUUCUCUGGACCUUGCUACAAGAAUCAGUCUCCUGAGGUGAAGAUUGAAGGGACUCUGGUUGCUCCAUCUUCCCUGAAUUCGUUCCUAAACUCUGAAUGGAUCGAGUACAAAAAUUUGAAUGGACUCGUACUUACUGGAAGAACUAGAGUGACAAAUUUUGAUGGUCAGGGAGCUGUAGAAGCCUGGAAACAGAUCAGCUGCUGGAGUUCAAGGGAAUGCAAAGUAUUAAUAACUUCAUUAAAGUUCUCUAAUGUAUCUUAUGGGACUCUCACCAACAUUUCCAUGGUAAACAGUAAAAGCUUCCAUGUGAGUUUCCAUGAAAGCAAUCACAUUACUGUCCGAAACAUCAUAAUUACAGCUCCAGGGAAUAGUCCAAACACAGAUGGAAUCCACAUUGGUCGUUCCACCAACAUCAGCAUCGUUUCGUCAGCAAUUGGAGUCGGCGACGAUUGUAUCUCCAUUGGACCUGGCAGCAUCAACAUCACCAUUUUUGAUGUUAGAUGCGGUCCAGGCCAUGGAUUGAGUAUAGGAAGCCUUGGCAAAUAUAAAAAUGAAGAGGAUGUGAUAGGGAUUACAGUUCAGAAUUGCACAAUCAACGGUACUCAAAACGGAGUUCGAGUAAAAACAUGGCCAGGAUCACAAGCAAGUAUUGCUUCCAACAUGACUUUUGAAGAUAUUGUCAUGGUCAAUGUCUCAAACCCUGUAAUAAUUGAUCAAGAAUACUGUCCUGCUAGUAGCUGCGACCUGUCGAAGCCAUCUCUGGUAAAGCUGAGUAACAUCUCUGUCAAGAACGUUAGCGGGACGUACAAUACAAAUUCUGCAGUGACAUUGCUGUGCAGUUCCAAUGUACCUUGUGAGAAUAUAAAGAUCAUUGAUGUAAAUCUGAACAAUACUGUAUCAAAUGGUUCUACUCCUAGACAAGGUCGCUUGAAUCUGAAAGGUGUUAUUAAUGGUUUCCAAGUUGAUAAUUCUAGAUUCUAACUUGGAAGAGAUAUUUUUAUGUAAAAACCAAGUGGAAAGAUGCCAAGUUUGUUUUAGCACGUAGGAAUAGGCAAAAUAGCUCUUCUACUCAAUUGACUGUAACUUCCCCAAUAAUUCAGAAUUGAAGAAUAUGGAAGUUGCAAUUUUUCUCAUUGGUUUUAGUUUAAUUCGAACAGUUUUGGAUUUUUUUUUUUUUCUGGGCCUACUGAAUUCAAUUAGGUCAUAUUUGUAUGCUUUGGAAUUGUGAAUGGGAUGAUAAUCUUGGAUAAAUCUCAAGUUCUUGGCAUGCAAAUAAUAAUAAUAAAUUUGUUUGUAUUUAAUGGGAUGAUAUAUUUUAAUAAAUAUUUUUAUUUACAAAUUUAUACACCAAUAAUAGUGUUAUUUAAAUACCGCUUAAAUUUUAUUUUUUAUUAAAAAACAAUUGAGACAGAAUUCUUUAUGCCUAAUAUUCAUUUAUUCUAUUUUCAUUCCAUAACUUUAGACACUAUUAAUUUAAUUGAAAUUAAUCAUUUGCUACACAUUGUUCAACAGUUUAUUAUUUAAUUUUAAAUAAUAUAAAUUUUCUAAUAAUUUAAAUUCUAUUAAUAUAUUAAAAAUAAAAGCUAAAUUAGAAUU